AUGAUUGAGGCAAUUGCUCUCGAGUCAUCUCUCAAAAUUAGUGAGCUCGCAGAGAGUUCAAGUUUGGGAAUUACUGCUUCCGCACUUUCUUCUGAUAACGUGCUUUACAUUUCACUUUCAGAUGGCCGGCUUCUUCUUUAUCAGCUACCAAAAGCAUCAUCACAAUUCUCGAAAAGCAGGUCUCGCAGCAAUUCUGAACAAUCCUCAGCCAACCAAGAUCUAGACAAGGAAGCACAAGUGCCGACAAAUGUACAUGAAGAUAAAAGAACAAAAAGCUUUGACCCAACUUCAAUUGGCGAGGAGGAAGCCAUACUGUUGCAUAGCUACAAACUGGAUGGACCCGCAUCGCAAAUUUGCCUUUUAGAGCCACUAAACUACACAUUUAUAUUGAUCAAAGGGGUUGUGUAUCUCUAUUCGUAUGAUACUGGGCACGGCAUAAGUCUUGUACACCAAUAUAGCGAUUACAAGCACUCCCUAAUGGAGACGUGGAGUGACAUACCAAAGCAGAUAGACGAUGUUAUUGGAAAGCCUCGUACUGCAUUUGAGGAUCUUGAUGUUGAUGAUAAAGUCCCCGAGGAAGAUGAUGAAUACGAUAACGAAGAUAACGACUCCAUUUCCUUAGCGACGGUGAAAUAUUCGCAAGGUCCAUCUUUUGCCCAAGACAGGCGAUUCAGUAAGAAGCUCACAUAUUCCAGCUAUACUGCCCUGGCGGCAAAGAAACGUGUGGUGAUACUUUCAUGGCAUUACAAAGGAUUCAAGGGAAGAUCCGAGUUUGUAUUUCACGAUAAAGUCGUACACAUGAAUUUUCUAAACAGUAAUAUUUUACUAAUUGGCUUUGAGAGCGGCGAUUUCGUCAAAUUAAAUCUCAGAAACGGUGCCUCCACCCCACUUCAACUUCAGUUUGUGGAUGAAUUAGGAUCUCCUCAGCAAAGUUCCAGGUCUUCCUCAUUCUUCUUCAGAACUGCCACUGACUAUUUAAACGAAUCAUUCAAGACCACAAAUGACAAACAGUUGGUCAUACUUAAGAAUAACCUGCUAAUUAAGCUUAAUGCUGACUUUGAGCCCAUAGUUCUAAGACAAAAUCCACGUUCUGAGAGCUUUAAGAAUCCCAUGAUAGUAGAGCAAACAUCUCAUUUCAGCUCUGGUGGUAGCAGCUUUCGGAAAUUGGUAACUCUGAAGUAUUGGUUUCCCUAUAUAAUAACUGUUUAUGGAAAUUCGGUCGAGGUCCAUAGUCUUGAGGACUAUGAUUUGAUUGAGAGAAUAAACAUAUCUGGGCCCAAAGCAUUGGGCGCUGCUUUAGGCAUUCAGUUCAAUUCUUUAAACAUGCUUUUAAUCAGUACAAAAGGGGUUUACAAAUUUUACAAAACAGACUAUAACUGCCAGUUGAGGCAGUUCGAACGGAAAAAGGAUUACAGCAAUGCAAUAAAUUUGCUAGAAAAGCUAAAUCCACUACUUUUAGACGAAGAUGAGCAGGAUAAUAAUAACAUUUCCUCGAUAGAGAAUAGUUUACCGGCAAGACAAUACAAGUUUAUGAAGCUCAGAAAGCUUCAGCUAUUGCGUGCUAGGGAUCUUAUGGAUGAGGGCAAAUAUGACAAGGCAAUAAAUCUUUUUAUUGAAUAUAUUGCAUCCCCCCAUUUUGUUUUACAGAAUCUUUCAAAGCAAAUAAAGCAGAAGUUGGGUAUUUUCAAUGAGCAAAAAGCGCAGAAGAAUCACAAGAUACAUAACAAGAAAAAGAAAGACCCCAAAGCUAAAAAGGAUGAGGACUAUUUGAUAAAUCAGCUUAUUUUGUACCUUACCGACACAAGAAGAAAGCUAACAAGAUUGUUGGACCCGGACCAGCCCAAAUUCCAAUGGAGAGGAUACACUAUAUCUUUGGAUUUAUACGAGCAUCUGCGAACAUAUGAACAAUACUCCACACCCGAUAAUUUGCAGAUUAUUGACGACAGCUUAUUCAAAUGCUAUCUGAACUCGAAUCCAAAGAUGAUUGGACCAUUUCUUCGGAUUCCAAAUUUUUGCGAUUUCAAGCUGGUUGAGUCCGAGUGUCUGGAAAAUCAUAUGUUUAGUGAAUUGAUAGACUUUUAUUACAUUAGAAGUCGACAUGAGAAGGCUUUAAAGCUUUUGGAUCACCUGUGCUUUCAUCGAGAAGAUACGAUAAACAUAGAUGAGGGAAGCAGUUAUUUGUCAUUACUUUUCAAUGCUGAAUACAUGGUCAGGUACUUACAGAAGUUGGGUAAUAGCGAAUUGGACUUAAUACUGAAGUACUCACAGGAGUUAAUAGAACUUGAUCCAGGGUACUUCAAGAUUAUUUUUAUGAAUGACACAGAUGCUUCCGAAAGUUUAGAUAAAAGCCAAAUCCUUGCAUAUGUCCAUAAGCAUCAAUGGGCCGAGAUAGAGCAAAAUUAUCUCGAAUACAUUAUUUUCGAUACCAAUGAAAAGACUCCAGAAUUCGUGAACUCAUUAAUCAAUCUCUACAUGAAUAAGCAAGACAUUAGUGAAGUGUUUAAAAAGCUCAAGGAAAUUCUUCAAACAGGUUCAUACGAUGAGGAAGCAUGCUUGAAAGAAAUUGAAAGUCUUAUAAACGGGAACUUGGACGAAAAUUCGAAGACCUUGCUAUAUAAACUUAAGGCUGAACCACUAUUUUCGCUUGGAAGACACGAGGAAGCAUUAUCGGUUUUUCUUGUUAACUUACACGACAAUAAAGGAGCUAUUGAAUAUUGCCUAAGAGUGCGAAAAGAAGAAACGGAACUAGGAACAGAUCUUCUUUUCAAACUACUCGACAGAUACCUUGUUGAACGUGAUGCCGAUAAUACAAUACAUUUGCUAAAUGACAAGAGACUUGAAUUUUUGGAUUUAACACACAUACUCGAGCGUCUCCCUGGAAAUAUAACAGUUGGGACAGUUAUGAAAUUCGUGGAAACAAAAUUGAGACUCUUAAGCCAACAGUCAGUUCACUCUGGACUGGAAAGCGAACUUACCCGCGUCAAACUCAUUGAUUCAAAAAGCCAACUUCUUAGCCUCAAAAAGCCACAUUUCAGAAUGACAUCUUCUUCUCUAUGCGGAAUAUGCCACAAGGGAUUUGAGCCAUCGUCAAUUUUAUGCAUUCUUUCAGGAGGCGAAAUUGCACACUAUAGCUGUUCGCAUAAUCAGCAUUAG